GGUGGGAACACCAGCCUCACCGCAUGUCGGCAGGUGUGUGUGUGUGCCUGUGUCUCGGUAUGUGGGUGCGUGUUUCUCUGUAGCUGAGGGUGUCUAUGUGUGAACCCGUGUGCGUGCGCGUGUGUGCGCGCGCGCGCUCGUAUCUCUCCCUCUCUCCCCCGCCCUUUUCUCGAGUGUGUGUGCGCGUGUGUGCGCGGCUGGGAGGGCAGAGCCAGGCGGGCUGAGCAGCAGCGCAGUGCCCCAGCGCGGGGCAGAGCAAGCCGGAGCCGAGCGGGAGUCGCUUGGGGCUGGCAGCAGCGCGGAGCCGCCGGACCGGCGCGGACGCAACAGGCGGGGCGGCUCGGCGGCGGCUGCCGGUCGGAUGGCCGUGCACGGCGCCGCCGCCUCCUGAGGCAGAGGCGCGCCGGGCCGGGCUCCCCCGCCGGCCGGCAUGCGGGCGGAGGAGCCGCUGGCGCUGGCGGCCCCGCGGGCAGGCGGCGGCGGCGAGGGGGAGGUGGACACGGCAGGCGAGGAGCGGAGGGGCGGCAGCUGCUGCAGCAGCGAGCGGCUGGUGAUCAACAUCUCGGGGCUGAGGUUCGAGACCCAGCUGCGGACCCUCUCCAUCUUCCCUGACACGCUGCUGGGUGACCCCAGCCGUCGGGUGCGCUACUUCGACCCGCUCCGCAACGAGUACUUCUUCGACCGGAAUCGGCCCAGCUUCGAUGCCAUCCUCUACUACUACCAGUCCGGGGGACGGCUCCGCCGGCCGGUGCAUGUGCCCCUGGACAUCUUCCUUGAGGAGAUCCGCUUCUACCAGCUGGGCCAGGAGGCCAUCGAGACCUUCCGGGAGGACGAGGGCUUCAUCCAAGAGGAGGAGAAGCCCCUGCCGCAGCAUCACUUCCAGCGCCAGGUCUGGCUGCUCUUUGAGUACCCUGAGAGCUCCGGGCCAGCCCGGGCCAUUGCCAUCGUCUCUGUGCUGGUGAUCCUCAUUUCCAUUGUCAUCUUCUGCCUGGAGACCCUGCCUGAGUUUCGCCAGGAACCCAAGGGGGCCCAGCCUGGCUUUGGGGAGGCGGCACCACCCAGUGACGAUAUGCUGCUCCUGCUGCCACCACCGAGUGGGACCCCAUCGCCCCUGCACCCUGCUGCUGGCACUGGUCCCUUCUUCACCGACCCCUUCUUCCUCAUUGAGACCCUGUGCAUCAUUUGGUUCUCCUUUGAGCUCCUCGUCCGCUUCUUCGCCUGCCCCAGCAAGCCCGAGUUCUCCCGCAACAUCAUGAACAUCAUUGACGUUGUGGCCAUCAUCCCCUACUUCAUCACCCUGGGCACUGAGCUGGCCCAACAGCAGCAGCAGAAGCAGCAGCCCGGAAGCAGCAGCAACAACGGGGGCCAGCAGCAAGCCAUGUCCUUGGCUAUCCUCAGGGUCAUCCGUCUGGUCAGGGUCUUCAGGAUCUUCAAGCUCUCCAGGCACUCCAAGGGUCUGCAGAUCUUAGGGAAGACUCUCCAGGCCAGCAUGAGGGAGCUGGGCCUCCUCAUCUUCUUCCUCUUCAUUGGGGUGAUCCUCUUCUCCAGCGCUGUCUACUUUGCAGAGACUGAUGACCCUGACUCCCUGUUUACGAGCAUCCCUGAUGCUUUUUGGUGGGCGGUGGUGUCCAUGACCACCGUGGGCUAUGGGGACAUGUAUCCCAUGACAAUUGGUGGCAAGAUUGUGGGCUCCUUGUGUGCCAUCGCAGGUGUGCUCACUAUUGCCCUGCCUGUCCCUGUCAUUGUGUCCAACUUCAACUACUUCUACCACCGAGAGACUGAUCAUGAAGAACAGUGCCAGUACACCCAUGUCACCUGUGGCCAGCAUCAGUCCCCCUUCUCUGAGCCCAAGAAGGGGGACAGUAAUCUGUCUCUCAGCAAAUCUGAAUUCCUGGAAGCAGAAGACCUGGAAUCCAUGAAAUAUUCCAACUUCAUUCCUCCCAGCAACCAGGGUUAUAAAGAGAAGAAAAUGCUGACAGAGGUGUGAUCAAUUCUGUUAUCCUGGGUCCAGACACAGAGCUGCAAGCUGCUGCACAGCUGUCUUCCCACUAGCUGCUGGAUCUAUUCAGCAUUUACAUGCCAGACUGUGAAUUGUGAUACUGUAAACAGAAUGAUUGUGAUAAUGGGCUCUCCUGUCCUGACUUGCUGUUUCUCAUUACCUUGUGCCAUCAGAAAUGUUCUUGCUUUAUUCUGUGGAGUGCUAGCUGUCAUCCCCCACUCUCUCAUGGAUUUCUGUUUCUUUUUCUGAAGACUGCUUUAAUCCAAUGUUAACUCUGGAGGCUAACCUUUCUAGUCCACUGGCAAAGAAAUAGCCCUUGCCACAACUUCAGCUGAAGGAUUAGGCGCGGAAUAAACAGUUAAAGGGGCUACAAACAUCUGGCUCAAGCUCUGCCCUUAGUUCCUGUACCAGCGCAGUGCCCUUGGCUGCAGGAUCAGUCAUGCCUGCCAUGCCAUUGCCUUGGAAUGAUGGAAACGCUGUAGCCAGCGUCACAGUGAGUUCUGCAGCUGUAGGGGAAAGUUGGCAGAUGCCUUCUUCCUUUGCAACCCUUUGCAUGCUAAAAAUCCUGUGGGCUUAUGUUUUGAAAAAGGUGUAUAGAUCUAAAAUCUCUUAGUUGCUUAUGACCAGAUAUUGUAUUUCAAAAGCAGGCUUAAAAAAUCAACAGGCUUGGUGAUGAUUCUCUGUGUUUUAAGCUUGUUUCAGUCUUAUUUAUGCCAGGGCCCUGAAGUUGAUUGGUUUUUAUAAUAUCAAGUUAAUCUUCAUAGUGGUAAGUGGCUUCUGAUGCAAGAUACCUUCAAGAAAAAUCAUUUGUUAUCUCCACACAAUAGUGUUUCAUGAGAUGUACUUUAUGCUUCAAGUAUCCAGUUCUGUAUUCAGACAUGUGAGAGCAAUUGACUCCACUGGGAUUUUACUAAAAGGUUUGUAUAGCUGAGGGAAGUUUGCAUGUUGGUAUAAUUCUGUUGCUGAAAUACCUCAACCGCAGACAGCUGCACCUGUGCUAACUUGCACUGGUGUAACUGGCUGCAGGCAUAAAUUGCCCCAGGAUAAGCAGGUCAACAUUAGAGAUGUAGAUCAGCACUGAACAAACUUUCCAAAGCCCUCUGCACAAGCCCAACAGCAUAUCCCAGAUCUUUCAAAUGAGAGGAGAAAAGAGCUAGGCUUGAUGAGAUGCUUUUGUUUGAUCUAGCCAGUUCUGUAUAUUUCUUAGACAAAAGGCACAGCAAUGUCUUUUGCAUGCACUAGGUCUUUAUAAGAAUAACUUAUGCUAGCAAUGCAAAAUGCAUACCUUGGCCUGAAGUGUGGGGCUUGUCAAGGGGCCACAGAUAUGCAUCUUAAGAUGCAUCUUCUGCUUUGCAGAUCAUUUCAUUCUUUAAUCAGCUCUGCCUUAUACCUGAAUUUAAAAUGUCUCAGAUGCUGCCAGUGGAUAAGAAGGGGAAAUGGAUGCUUUCAGAUUCCAUUGGUAAAUUUUACUGCAAGGAAAUGUCUUUUUGUGUUCUUUAUCUAAAUCUAAAUGUAUAUUCUUCAUUCACAUGUGCAUGUGUAUAAAAGCAAAGGCAGCCAUUAAUGCCUUGCAUCGUACUGUUUAUGUGUAUUAGAAUGUAUUACAUAUUGCAUGUGACACAUGUAAUACAUAAAACAGACAAUGUCAAGAUGCAGAAUAUAUAUAAUGCGCUUUAUGUAUAUGUAUAUAUUAUGGUUUUCAACCAUAAGGCUAAGAAUGCUAAAGGCAUGUCCUUUCAUAUAGUCAGAACUGGCAGGGUUAUGAGAUGGGAUCUAUUUGCGUAUUUGUUACUCUGCUUGUUUUUUGUUGCCUUGAGAUCUGGCUCCCAGCCUAGCGUGCCUUUAUUGUGGCUCUCCUCAUCUGGGCCCUGAUCACAUGGUAGAAGUUGUUUGUGCAGAUCCUAACUGCUGCAUUUCUCCAGAGUCCCCUUGUCUUCUCAAAGGCUUUUGGAUGCACGGGGAUUUCCCUAGGUGUCAGUGCACAGCCGUUAUAUUGAAACCUUUGUUUUCUCUCUCACUGAAGUCAGUAGCAAAAUGCCACUUGUCUUACUGCAGGACAGUCUGGGAUGGCAGGCGAGCGGGAUGGCAGGAGUUUGCCUGAAUAAAGACAGCAGAAUGUAACUUCCAGGGCCAUCUCUGCAGAGGUACAUAAGGGCCUAAUUCCUCUUUGGUUCACUGGGACUGAGGCAAAUGUCUAGGAAGGUCCAAACCUUGAGACUCAUUCUGAAUCCCUUAAAGCAUGUAACUAACCUCUGGGUAAGUAAUCCUGGUAAAUCAGUGGGUCUCAGGAAGGAUCUGCAAGGUGGGAUCUCUGGUGAUUUUGUGCAAAAAUUUGUCUUGGUCUCUCAGUUCACUCAGUAAAAAGCUAUUAUUAUUAGCUGUGUUUCAGCUUCAUGGUAAUGAAAUCUUUUUGUGUGCAAGAGACUGACUUUUCUUCAAAUUUUAUGUGGUUCUAGCAGAAGAACCUACUAUUUAAGAUAUUGCUUUCCUAGGGGUGUAUCAAGACUCCUGCUAUCUCCUAGCAGAAUGCCCAUGUUUGGGUUAUUUUAUUCCUGAGCAUAUCAGCUGAUAAAAGUUUUCCCAAAGUAAGAUAUAAAAAACUCAGGUUAAGCACAAGUUCAAGGGGAGGCAUGAGGCACACUGAACCUACGUCAGCAAAUUCCUGUGCUUGUUUUUUCCUGGGCCUGACCCCAUUACGCCUUCCAGGCAGAAUCCUUCCCUUCUAAAGAAAAGGUUGUUCUCCUGACCAGCAUGACAAACGACAAAAAAAGAUGUGAGGUAAAUUACCGGUAGCAUAAUCACAGCAUCUCUUGUAAAGGUGCUCUCGUAAGGAGAUUCCUUGCUCUCAGCAGUGAGGUUCUAGCUGGAGUGUUUGUGGCUUUUAAGAGUCUCCACACACAGCCAUGCGCACACACACAAUACUAUUGUGAAGAAACUUUAUUGCAAACAAGCAGCUUUGUGCGGUUUUUGCAGUUCACAUUUUUCAGUACUGAAAAGAAUGUGUAAAUGAAGAUGUAUAAAACAGGAGUAAAGUUUUUUCCUUGGGUUUUCUGUGUUAGAGCUAAGAGAAAUACAAAAAGCAAACAAAAGCUCAGAAAUGAUAACCUAGGGGCUUCCAUUUAGACAUGUAAAUCCCUCUCUAGAAAUCUCCCGAAAAGCAGGAUAAUGACGUCCCAUGGGCUUCAAUAAUACUGGGGACUACUGCAGUUCUGGAAUUUGGCAUUUUUAUUAAGGAGACUUCAGAUUUUUUUUUUUUUUAAAUGGCUGAGGUGAUCUAGGAGCACAUGUCAUUGACUUUACAUAGGAAUGGUGUCCCUAAAUCACACAGGUGCUUUCAAAAAUCUCACCUCAAAUCUCACCUCUUAGCACUCACUUCUGGAUGUUUGAAAUACAAAACUGUCUAUCUGUAAAGCUGUUUCCUUCUUAAGGCAGAGCAAAUCUUUGUGAAACAAAGUAGGCAUCUCUUGGGACUUGUUUCCAUAACAACCUCCCAGACUGUUUCUCUCUACCCAGUGACUUAGGCUACAAGCAAAAGCACUCACUGAGUAUUUUCAGUCCUCCAAUAUGAGUACCCCAUCAUUAUAGCUGUUUUCUUUGCUUACUGAAGAAGAUCCCAUCACCUUAUAUCAUGUACAACUGCCCUAUCCAGCUCAAGACUGACAGACUAUUGCAGCAUUGGAAAACAGACAUGCAAACCAGGAGAUGGGAAAGGACUUUGUGCAAAGAUAUACAAAUAAAGAGAGGUGGAGACUGUGUGAAGGACUUCUGAGCACUCACAGUCAAGGAGUUGGGGGGACAACAGGCCUCCAAAUUUGGAGUCAUCUGGGUACCCAGUGAUGAGGAACAUGAGCUAAAGCAUCUAAUUAAAAAAAAAACAAAAACAAAAAAAACCCACACACAAAAGACAGUAACUCCUCUUUCAAUACUCUUGUUAAGAAAUAAAGUCUUGCUGUGGAAGAGAGUUGUUUCCUGAACCCUUUGUUGUUGUUCUGUGACCAUCAGUUCCCCAAAUCAUUUCCCCACAGGAUGUUAUGCACCAAAUCAGGACAGAAACCAUCUUGCUGGAGGUGGGGAAGGAAGGAACAGAAGAAUUUUACUGAGGACAAAUUCUUUAUCCACAGCUCAUCACCCACAUAAAGGACUGUAAGUGUGAAAGGCAAGAAGAGGUUUUUUGCAAUCUUUCAAAGCCUACGUUACUGAUGGGUUCUUGCACUUACCUCCAAGAUGAAAUUUCUAGUCUGUUCCUGUUUGGAAAAUGUUGAAAUUUGGGAUUUUUGAGCAAUAUUCUGUUUGGUUCUACUCCUUUUGCUCCAGCUUCCACAAAUAAAGUUUCACUGCCAUAUCAGCUGUGGAGGUGAAGGUGACUGGACUUAAUGUUCUUUGUGAGACCCAUCCAUUCAGUGUACAAAUACCGCUAUGGAGAUAAAGAAGAGUGAGUAUAAAGGAAAUUCAGGGCAGCAAGAGGCAGGAUAAGGAUUUAAGUGUCUUCCAUACUGUGGUGGAAACAGCAAUGUCAUCCCUCAAAGCAAAGGAACAGACAGCUUCAGUAUCUGCUGUUGUAGCAGAAGUAGGUCCUGUUUACAUCAGAGAAAGACCCACAGAUUACAGCAAGAGUUAACCACAGCUUUCCCAAAAGCUAUCAUCUGAGUUGAGUCCAACAGGUAUAGUGGCAGCCAUUGGAGCAGUGUGGCUCCAGUGUCAGCUCCAGUACUUCUUUCCAUUCAAUUAGAUGAUAUUUGGAUGCUCCAAACCAAAUGAAAUGACAGGCCAAAUGACACGUAUACUGGAAUGUGUAUUCGGAGUGACAAAAAGGAUGUUCCAGUGCUGUUGCUGAGGCAAGCCAACUGUUCUUUUCUGCAACUGUAAAAAAAGCACAGGCUGGACCCUGGAUGCUUCAAGGCUGUCAUGUUGGCAUGCUGCAAAAGACAUUGUUGCAUCUUCUCAUUGUAGAGUUGUUGAAGUUUCCCUCUGUGCGGGGAAUGCAGCAGUUAUGGUCAGGAAACUGUUUUCCUUGCUCAGUGGUUUUCUUGUUGCUGUUUUUAAAUGGGUUAACACUCUUAGUUCCAGGAAACUCAAACUAGAUGUGAACAAGGAUUGGAGGGAGGAGGGAAGGAGAAUCCCUUACAAGAUUCAGGUGUAUAUGAUGUCUGAGAAAAUCAAACUAAAUAGUUUCCAGUGGUUAAAUAGCAGCAAUUUAGAGCCGUUCAUCAAAAGCUCCAGACAAGCUUGGAGUCCUAUGGGAGGCUGCAAAUGAACACAGGGCACCUCCAAAAGAUGUUGUUAGUGGCACCUAUUUUAAAUUUUUUUUCAAGUGGAAGAUCCCGGCCUGGCAAAUGCAUAAAGUCAGGCCUUAGAAGAGCAAAUGACUUUCUCUAGAGAACUGAACAAUUGGCCAGAGUCUGUCCAUCUAUCUUCCUGUCUCUCUGCUCUGGAUUACUGUGCUUUUAUAAACUAUGUUUUCAUAACUCAGAUAAAUGGUAGGAGUUUAACAGAACGCUACAAGUAAUAACUUCAUGCUUAAUAAAUUCAUGCUUAAUAUGUGUAAUAUCUAAGGGACGGGCCCAAACUAGAGGUAUUUCUCUUUUCCCUAUGAAGUGUGUUGCUUUAGUGUAUGUAUAGCUAAUUCUUGUGAAUGUGUGAGUCCAUUGCCUGUUUUAAAGGAGAUAGAGCAACUUAGUUUCAGUAGCUGCAGAGUUUCACUGAAAUAGCACUAUUCAUUGCCUUUUGUGUGAUUUAGAAGGCACAUUAGCCAGAUAGUUCUGAAAGUGUAAUAUAAUUAUAUGCAGCAUUCAUGGGAAAUGCUCUGAAGUCUCCUCUCAUUGUGAUAGAAACCUUUACCGCUCUUUGAGCUCCAUGAGUCCGUGCUGUGCUGUGCUGAAUCUGAUAGAAAACCCAGUUAUUACUGAACGGUGAGGGGUAGGGACUGAUCCUCUGGCCUGGAAUCCCCUUCCUUUGGCAGUGGCAGAAGUCACCUGUGCAUCCAAAGGUUAAUGACCAAAGGUGGAUCUACACUGAAUGUGUUGUCAGCUCUCCACAUAGGUGAGUGGGAGUGGAUAAGGGAGUACUUAUUGUAGGAGGGGAGAGACUAGGGGGAAUAGUUGAGUAAAGGGGAUUCUGGGCAUUAUGACUGGGAUCUUCAAUGGGUACUCUGAUGGAUUCUGGCCAUCCAAUUCCCCUAGGACUCUUUAUCAAUAAGACCCUCUACAUUUUCAUGAGGGAGUUUUAGCCUGUCUAGCAAUCAUCACUGUUGAUAAGUGGGGGAAAAGAGACAGAACGUGGCUUACUUUAAUGUGACAGCUCUUGGCGCCUGUAAGAGUCUAGGGCUGUAAUACUUCCCCACAGCUGCUGGCUGAGGGUGUGAUCCUCUCGUGAUCUGAGUCUUCCUGACUCUGUGUCCUUGAUCUGUGUGGCAAGGCCAUGUGGCUGACACGGGGCAGUCAGAGCUAUCGCAGACCCUUUUUGCAAGGGUGGGUAAUAUUCAGAGCCAGCCUAAGCCCAGGCUGCCUUUAGAAAGGCGCGAAAAUGAUGCAGCAGUCUAUGGGUACUCUUCAGACACAGGAGACACAGGUCAGGCUGUGCUGUGUGCCAGUACAAACAGCAGGGAUGUUAGUUACAAGAGCCCUUUGCUUUUGAGGUGAAACUUUGCUUGGGGUGAAACUUUGCUUGUAUGCAUUGUUUCACAGAAAGCAGUUGCGAUUUCCAGGCCAGAUCGUGUGAUGAUAUAACUAAUUCCAACUCCCUCAUUAGUGAUAGGCUAAUUUCCACAAGUCUGGCCCAACAUUUCUGAGAAAUUGUGGGUGGCAGGGUUUUUUUUUGUUUGUUUGUUUAUUUGUUGCCUUGAAAAGUGAAAGCAUUUCAAAUACAGUAUGUGAGGUAAACAGGAUUUGUACAUGGACCAUUGAAAACACAACAUUUCAGGCUGUAUUCUGGAUUAAAACUUUGGGAAUGUGAGUUUUUAUAGAGAAUUCCACAUGUAGUGGGAGAAGAGCAUUUUGAGCUAGUCGACCAAGGAGAUGGGACUCAGCUGAGCUUUGAACAGCAGUAAUUGUCCCUAUUGGUGAUACCAUAAUACAUGCUUGACUCAAACAGAACUUUGCACAGGGCAGACCCUGAAGAACCCGUGUAACUAGUUAUUUGUGGUUGUUCGUACUAGUGUGGUCCACUGUUAAGUAGGCCAGACAUAUGAAUAAAACCAACAUUUUUUGAA